AUGCUGCAAGACUUCGGUCGGUUCCAGGAAAGGAUCACACACCGCUUGCAGUGCUGGCAUGCGGGACAGGCGGGAAACGGAUUCGUGCCAUUGCCAGUGCUACCACCGGUGCCACCAGUACCUGCGCAAACUGCAGCGAGCAGCAGCAGGCAUUUGGUGCCCAAGAGGUGGCGAAGACCGACACCUUUGCAAAAAGGCAGUACCUCAGACAGCGUUCCAUCGCAACUGACACACCAGCGCAGUUUCGAAGAGGAGGACUCCGAGUCUGACUUACCUCUUUCACCAGUGAAGUCGCAGAAGGACCUGUCCAUGAUGAGCAUCAGCACAGGCUUCCCUAGCUGCAGUCGAAGUUUCCAUCCCCAUGGCAUCUUCCGCGAGGCCUCGAUUCCGGACUGCGGGCCAGAGCAGAAGCUGCCUCUUCUCCGCUGCCCACCGGAGUUCCAGGAGCCUCACCGAAUGCCAAACUGUGCGGCACUGACAUCAACACCCGAGUUCCUUUACUUGCGUGUCUGUGAACUAUCUGGGCAGCUACCCUGCAGUGAGGCUUGGCUGCACUUCGGCAACGGCUGGGGAAUCGUCGAUGCAUCCGGUCGUUCGCUGUAUGACGCGGAUCUUCACGCCCUGGUGCGAACUGCUGUGAUUUGCGCAGCACAAGGACACCCACUCCGGGAGUUGAACAUAAGCGGCAACAAGAUGACGGAUGCUGGGUUCCAGGAGGUGCUGGCGCUGCUCCAACAAUGCCGAUCGCAUGGGGAACGGGAAGGGCGGAGGAGAGGCCUAGGCCUGUCAGACGCCUCGGAGCACCAGGACUUAGAUCCCGGAACAAUGCAGCUGGAGACUCUUAAUGUGGCAUCCAACACGAUGCUCCACUUCCGGGAGCCAGGCCUUGUCCAGUCCUUGCCGAGCUCCAUCGCAUCUUUGACAUCGCUGACUGCCUUGAACAUGUCCUUCGUGCCGUUGAAUGGCCGGGUCGCCGUGAGCCUCGCCCAAUCGCUUUCCACGUCCUGCGCGGCGCUGCGCGAUUUGAGCCUCGCCGGUUGUGGCCUGGGCUUGUGUGGGCAGUCUGACUGCGUUGCCGUGGCAUCCCUGCUGGCUGACAACGUGCGCUCUCAAGAGGCAGGCUUUCAGGGGCUUGAGCGUGCGGACUUCUCUGGCAACUUCUUUGGGAACGCCGGCUUCGCCGCGGCAGCGCUGGCUGUCGGAAGCAGCUCCAGGAUCAGGUGCCUGGCCUUUGCCGGGAAUAGCAACCCUCCCUCGAGUGACCUCAGUGCUGCGGAGUGGUCGGCCUCGCUGCUCCUCAGGCAUCGUGGUCCUGACGGUGAUGCAGAUAAAGAGCGGGAGCCGACGCAGAUCUCCUUGGCGCCUGGGCACAACCCUCUACAGCUCUUCCUGGAAGGGCUUCAGGCGAACGCCACCUUAGAGGACUUGGACAUCUCAGGCUGCAGCGUGGGUGCAGACUCGGCUUGGGUCUUGCAGGAGGCCCUGCGGCGGCACCCCAAGUUGAAACAGCUACGUCUUUCUGACAACCCAUUGGGGGAGCAAGGACUGAGAUAUGUGCUGCGGCUUAUCACGGAGAUGGACCAAACCUUGCAAGGCGCUGACAUCAGUGGGCACCGGGAGGCGGACAUCAGGUGUCCAGUCGUCAAGUUUCGGCAUGCCCAACCCCCUGGAAACUACAGGCUCAAUCUCAGUCUGCCGACUGACCGGGCGAUUCUACGAAGGCUGCUGAGCCUCGCAGAAGCACACUCCUCUGAAGUACCACAUCGUUUCCUGAAGUUCGACCCGAAGACUGUCAGGCCCUCGGUGGAAAAGGAUGUGGCGAGGGGGCGGUGGCUGGUUCCCAGCUCGGGCACCUGCAACGUCACAUACGCGCCGCCCCUUUCGGAAGCGAGCUUCUUGCAUCUGAAGGAGGCAGAAGCCGAUGUGCCGAAGCCCGAGAUCGAGCAGGUGGUGACUCCGACAUCCAGCCCUCGUGGCAGAUUGCAGGCUCAGAUGGCCUUUUCCAGAAAGCAGAAGGUGUCAUCGCCCAUGUCCCACGGCACCGGGCACCACGGCUCAAUCGCUGCCAUGGAAGGAGGUCCGACAGCGGCCGCGGCACCGGACAAGGAGAAGCAGCGGGUGGUGCUCCCCCCGGGUCUGCCAGGCACACCAGAGGGAGACUGGCUGGAAGUGUACGACCUGAUCCAGGACUGCCGCAUCAAGGUCCGGGCUCCGGCCUUCGGCCUCUUCAAGCAAGCGCUGGCCGUGAUGGUGACGGAUGAGGAGCGCAUGCGGUUUGCGAGGGCCUUGGGCAAGGAGCUCUGGUUCACCGAAGCACAGGUCAGGGUCUUGACCGAGACGCGGGCGGAAGUGGCUGUGCAACUGGUGUGCUUCUUGUUCCCAGCAUUGCGAAGCCGGAGAUACCAGCUGGCGCUGGCGCAUCAGAUCACAGACCCUGCGCCGAUGACAAAGGUGUGCAAUGCGGUCCGCCAUCUGCUUUGGUUCCAGGACACCAACCCCACUGGCAGCUACAACUUGGACUUGUCCAUCCCAGUGGACUACGCCCUCGCAGAGUGCUGCUUGCUGGUCAAUGCCUGGGAGUCCGAGUCUGCCCGCUGCGCUGGGCGCCCGGAUUUAUCCCAAUCAGGAAAUGGCGAGAUGAUACGCAACGAGGCUUACAAUGACGUACCCUUUGUCUUCUCCAAGGACUGGCUGUUGCCAUCAAGUGGCUGGUUCCGGUUUGAGUACUCGUCGACAAGACGCCCGCCUCCAGAUGCGACAACCAUGAACGAGGUUUCGGAGAUAUCUCGCCUCCUGAGAAACAAGGACCUCAGCAGCCAGUCGCGGCUGCAGGCCCUGAGAGCAGCCUCGGUGCACCUGUUCAUCUCCAGCAACCAGUGCAGAGCACUGGUCCAGUGCUUUCCGUCAGCCCCCGAAUCCUCGUCCAUCGACGCCGUGAACAGCGGAACAGAUGAGUCUUCAGACCGACAAGAAGCAUUUUGCAUUCUGCACACGCGCGUGGUCGACCGAGAGCGUUUGCUGGGGCCCGAAGUGUUGUACUCACCGGUCAUCGUGCAGCAGAUCGGAAUGGGCCAUCAUGGCACGUCCGUCCUGGUCAGAGGAGGUAUGUUCAAGACCGGGGAGCUGGAAAUGAAGAGCGCGGAAGCGCAAAUCCCGACAUCAGUGGCCACGGCCCUGAAGGGUGCGCAUGGUUCCAAGAAAACCGCCGGGGGCCGACGGGGAGGCUUGGCCAUCGACCACAACCCGCAUUCAGCGUACUACAACUUCCUCAUUGUCUUCAAAGAGCAAGAUAUCUUGGCGCUGUAUAGGCGGCUGGGUGUGCUACAUCUCCUGAACCCCUACAAGCCGGAGAUUCUUCGAAUGCCAGUGGACUUGAGCAUCCACGAGCAGCACCGCAUUGUGGAUUUUCUCGUCCAGCUGGCCAGUGCCGAGACUGGCAGCCGCGUUCUCUGCUGGCUGGACGGGCAGCAGGUGGCGGUGCCCGCAUCCUGGGCAGACAAAGGUGUUCCCCGAGCUCAUGCUACCAUCACCGUGUCGUAUGAGGGGCACAACAGCUCCUUCACAGCACGGCAGGUCCUGGCUGAACAAUACUGCACCGGUUUCUGGCAACCGUUUAGGGUUUAG